AUGUCUGCCCCAUUGAAAUCAGCUGCUAGCGCCGUUACGCGCAGCUAUCCCCGAGGCCUUCCCAUCCUUGUCGCUGGCACAUCCGUCGUCGUUGUUGGCGCCUAUGUCAAGUCUCAAUUGAGCACUCAGUCCAACACUAUGGAUCGCUUCUUCUCCACAUACAACACGCCUGAAAGUGAAGCUUCCCGGCAGAGAACGUUCCACGGCCACCCCGACACUCGAUCAAACAUGCUCAACAUACUGGGCCGGAAAUAA